AACAGAAGCGGCAGCAGGCAGCGUCCAAGGCAGAAAUAGCUACUGCGCGAUUCACCAGGGCCGUCCCUGCUCCCCAGACUCGCGCGUUCAGAGCUCAGCUGCCGCAGGGCCACUGAGGGGACAGGAAGCAUCUUCGCUCAGACCACACCGCAGGCGCAGUGCGGAGCGAGCGGCGGGAGCCACUCUUUGCCCGGACGCUCAGCGCCCCUCUGGGCUUGGGCUCUCCCCGGGGGGCGGCGGACCGAUGCCAGGCUCAGCUCCCCCCCGUGAGGCCCGGGGAGCGUGGGGCGCCUGGUUACUGGGAGGCCUCUGCGUCUGGACGCUGGGCGGCCUGUGCGGCCUGGGGGCGGCGGGCUCCCCGGGGGCUCCGCGCCCGUGCCAGGCUCCGCAGCAGUGGGAAGGUCGCCAGGUUCUGUACCGGCAGAGCACCGGCCGCAACAGCCGCGCCCUGCUCUCCUACGACGGGCUCAAUCAGCGCGUGCGGGUGCUGGACGAGAGGAAGGCGCUGAUCCCCUGCAAGAGAUUAUUUGAAUAUAUUUUGCUCUAUAAGGAUGGAGUGAUGUUUCAGAUUGAACAAGCCACCAAACAGUGCUCAAAGAUCACCCUGACGGAACCCUGGGAUCCUCUCGACAUUCCUCUGAACUCCACCUUUGAAGAUCAGUACUCCAUCGGGGGGCCCCAGGAGCAGAUCACUGUCCAAGAGUGGUCCAACAGAAAGUCAGCUAGAUCCUAUGAAACCUGGAUUGGCAUCUACACAGCCAAGGAUUGUUAUCCUGUCCAGGAAACGUUUAGCAAAAAUUUCAGUGUGAUAUUGUCCACGCGGUUUUUUGACAUAGAGCUGGGCAUUAAAGACCCCUCAGUGUUUACCCCUCCAAACACCUGCCAGACCGCCCAGGCAGAGAGGAUGAGUGAGGACUGCUCCUGGUGAGUCCGUGAAGGCAGAAGUGACAACACAUGAUGUCAGUUGCCUGUGACCCCGCUGGAAACAGGCAUGAGACUGUCUGGGGUGAGAAACUUCACCGGAGAGAAAUAGAAUUUUAGGAAGAUAUACUUUGAUGUGGAUUUUUUGUAUGUUGGAUUUUACCACUCAAGCUAUGUUUACAGAUAAAAUUGAAUGGAGAGGAUGUGGUAAUAUGCGCUGACUAGAUGGCUAAUACAGACACUUCAGGUAUUUCCCAAGCUUCUCGGGGUCUGGGCUUUCUGCCUGUGCAGGUGUGUCCACUGUGCAGUGCCAUACAAAGUGGGCAGGGGGCAGUGGGAGCACUUGGCUUUGGCCCAGGAGGAGUAUUUUAUUGCUGACCUUGUUCAGAAUUGGUGAUGAGAAUAAGAAAUGGGAUGAUUUGGGCCAAUUUUAUUAUGAAUUCUGACGUUCUCUGUAGAGAAGUCACCCUUUAUUGCUGCAUCAGAAUAGCAGACUGCUCCCCAUUCCACCCACCCUGUCCCCACAUUCCCUUGGCCACCAACAAAAUGAUCUUUUAAAAUUCCUUUCAGACUUAAGAGCUUUAUAACAUAACCCAAUUGAUAUAAAUACUUUGGAAGGUAAUGGAUGGCAAUAAUAAAAAAUACAUAUUCCUAUAAAGAGAUAUUUUAAGAAAGUGGGUUUGGUUAAGUGUGAGCCUGAUGAAGUGUGAGCUGUGUAAGCUUCCAUUUUUCUAUGCAAGAGUAUUGACACACGUGCUGAAUCUUCACAUACAUGUAAACUGACAGGCAGUUCUUCUCAAUAGCAUGGAACGGGAGUCAGGAGACUAUUGUCUCCUAAGCCCAAGGCUAGAAUUCCCCUGCACUCUAGCUCCUUUGGUGAUUGAAUGCACUAUUCUCGCCCUCACCUUGGCCUUCCUGGGACACUCUUUCACAGCCACUACAUGUAUGUCACUUCUGCUCCUCCUUCCCAGGUCAGCUCACAAGAGCUGCUCCCAAGGUGGAUGAGUCGCACCUCACAGCUAGAGCAUGCAUUUCCCACAAUACUUAUUAGCUGUGUGAUAACUUCCUGCUUCCUGGACAUCGUCCACUAUCCUGGCUGUAAGCUUUUUGAGUAUGGGUACUGUGUACUGUUUACUUUUAUAUCCCUAGCACCAAGCAAGUGCCUGGCACAUGGUCAGUGCCCUAAAUACCUGUGGAGUAGAGAAUGCUAGCCUCUCUCAUCCUUAGUUUCAUCAUCUGUUAAAUAGUGUUGAAAUGGUCUCUUGCUAGGGAGACUUCUAAUAAUAAAAUCUAUUAUCAAUAUCUUAGAUUCUUCUACUAUUAUGUUUCACCUGACCAUCUAUCUUUCUUAGUUACCAAGAAAAAUGUGUGACAUCUAUAUUAUGCUGAAAACAAUCUGUAUUACUAAAAUUUAUCUAUAUUUCAAUAAAUAAAUUUAAUGCAUUUCAAAGCAUUCAUUGUUAUAUUAAUAUUUGCUUUUGUAACAAACAUGGAUAAUCUUGUUACAAGGGAUUAAAACCCUUCUCUAACAAAUAAAUAAAGAACUUUAUGGUGU